AUGGAUAUGUUUGCUAACGAGCAAUACUCUCCUAGAAAGCGAAACAUGACUUUCCCCCUAAAUCAACAAGAAGUCAUUCAAAGCCAAAAAGAAUCGACCGAAUUCCUUCUGAAUAAAAUAAAGCAAGACUUAUCACUGUCAGACAAAGCAAUCAAAGACUUCAAGCAGCUAAUUGAUUCACACUAUUCUAGUCAAAAUGAUAAAGAAAUAAUCUACCAAGACGCUUCUUUAAUUCAUACUCUUAAAGCUUUUUUCUCUGUCCGAGGAAUCAAGUCUUUUUCAGAAGAAAAGUUAAAAGAAUGCAUUAGAUCAUAUGUCACUCAUAAGAUUGACCUGGAAAAAAAGCAAUGCUAUCGGCAUAGUGAUCAAUAUUUCUCCCCGAAAAAACUCUCAGACCACCUAGAUGAGUCAUCGGAAAAUGAAAUAGAUGAUUUAAUGAACAAAAUCCAAAAUAAUAGCUUUAAUGCAGAAAUAAGUGAAGAUUGGAAGUUCAGUGACGAAAAAAAUAGCUUUGAGAUUGCAGAAAAUGAAGAAACCUUUACGGAAUUCAAUAGAAACUGCUUGAUCUCUAUUUUAAAAACUCAGCUGAACUCAAGGGACUCAGAGCUGAGAAAUGUAAAAAAGGCAUAUGAAAAUGAAAUUAAAAAGAAGGAAAAUGAAGUUAAUGAGUUGAGAAUGAAGCUGGAGGAAACUGAAAAGAAGAUAAAAAGUGGAAAUUUCGUUGAUUUGCUAAAUAUUCAAGACGAAAUAAGGCUUAAUGAAAGAUCAUCAAUUGAAAAAAUGCUUAAACAAGAAGGGGAGUUAAAAAGCUUGCAAAUUGAACUAAAAAUUGUGCAUAAAUAAAAUGGCCUUUUGGUCCAAGCAUUGACUCCGGCAGUGCAGCCUCGAACGAUUUAUUUAUAUUCGGCAAUGUUUCCCAAACCCAUAAAUGAGCAGCAAUUCUAGCUAAGCAAUUCUGGUAAUGCACAGAGCAUAGCCCUAGUCCGCUUUCAAGAUUGGAUUUUACCUCGAGGGGAAAGGUUGGCUCAGGGUUGGAAAGGGAAAACCUAACAGCGUCUACAGGCAAUAUCUAGACCAUUCGGGCAACUUCCUAGUAUGAAGCUGGGAGUCACGCCCCAGGCUUGAAUUUUUCCUUUUUUGCAUACAGUUGGCAGAAAAUCAAUUUUUUGGGAUUUUGCUGCAGAAGUCUAUAGUCUAUCCACUCGACACUGCAAGGAGGAGACGGAGACAUAGAAUUCUAUUUCGCAGGUGCCAGCAUCAGUCGGUGAAGAAGAGGAAAGGUGGACCAUGGCACUCGUCUCACCAGAUAAUUCAAAAUCCCAACUUAAAAUGUUCUCCUUGUCGGCGUUGAAAAGAUUGUGAAGGGCUCCUUGGUAACUGCUUACCAAUAGUCGAGCAUUAAAAACCUCUAAUUUAUGUUUAAGAACUAAAAAAUGUGCAAAACGAAUUAGAUGCCAAGAUAAAAUUGCUCCAAAACAAUGCAAUUGAUAUUUCAAGUUUGACUGAUAAUGCUAAAAUGGAAAAAAAUCUGAGUGAUAAUUUGGAUUCAAAAAAUGAAAUAAGAUUAAAAGGAGCAGAAAAUAGUAGAUUAAAAGAAGAAAUCAAUAGACUUUUAGGAGAUAAGGAGAGGCUUUUCAAACAAAUAAAUUGCAUGUAUAGGAACAUUGAAGCCAUGAAAGAUUGCUUGGAUUCACAUGUGAAAUUUUUCAAAGAAAGAGACGAGAUUAGAGAUAGGAUAUUAAACCAAGCAAUUUAUAAGCAGCAUCAAAAUGCAAAAGAAGAAAUUAAAAGAAACUAUCUUAUAGAAACAAAUAUUUUAUUGCCGAAAAGAGAGAGGGAUUAUGGUUUUUCAUUUUGGACCUUGCUUAUAUCUAUCGCAAUGACUCUUUUUUAUUCGUUAUAUUACAGCUUUGUUCUAAACGAAAUCCAAUAA